AGUUGGAAAGAAUUGAGGAAGUAGUAUAAUGUUGGGAUAUAGGAAUCUAGAAUAAUCUUCAUGACGAUUAUUAUUAUAGAAAAAAAGGUUGAUUUAUUGGAAUAAUAAAAUAUAGCUAAAGUUUUAGAUUAAUAGGGAAGAUAGGAUGAAGUAAUAGAAUGUUGGAAGUAUGGGAUAAAUAAUAAUCUUAAUUAAAUAAUUUAUUAUCAAGAAAUUUGUAAUAUUUAUGAAUUUGAUUUGAAGCAUAAUAUUUAUGGGAAAGUAAUAGAGAGAGUAAAUUAGAAGAAUAAAUGUAAAUUUUGGAUUUGGGAAUAAAAAAUAAUAAUGGCUAUAUAAUUUUUUAUCAUUUUAAAGGUAUAAAUAUUGAGAUGGAAAGUAAAUGCAUUAAAAAAAUAAAAUAAAUACGAUUAAAUAAUAGAGUGUUGGUAGUAAGGGUUUAAUACAAGUAAGGGAGCAUUUUAAGAAGAUUUUAAGUUGGAGUUAUGUUUUUUUUAAUAUUUAAAUAUUAGAUAAAGCAUUAAAAGAGUAGUAGUANGAAAAAUAUGGAAGAUUUGAAGAGAUGAUUGAUUGUUGGUAUUAGGCUAUAAAAAAUAAUAAAAACAAUUUAUUGUUUUACUAAUAAAAUUGUAUAAUUUAGGAUAUAAAAUUGAAAAGCUUCUUUAUUACUAAAACUAGAUCGUAUAAAAGAAGCAAUCGAUUUAUGGGAUUAAGGAAUAAAGAACAAUAAAAUUUAAGAAUAAUUUUACAUAGAGAAAGGUAAAUAGAAAGUAUAUUUAUUUAGUGAUUCUUUUAGAGAAAUAUGGAAGCUUUGAAUAAAUAAUAGAUUGUUGGAAUUAAGGUAUAGAGCACAACAAGAUGAAUUAAUUUUUUUAUUAGUAAAAAGGUAGAGAUAUUAAAUAAAAAUGAAGCUAAUGCUUUAGAGAAAGUAGAGCAAUUUGAUUUAGUAAUAAAAUGUUGGGAUUUAGGAAUUUAGAAUAACAAAAGAAAAAAAUUUUAUUAUAUACAGAAAGGUUAUGAUUGAAUGAUAUUGAAAGCAUUAAUAUUAUGUAAGUUGGAAAGAAUUGAGGAAGUAGUAUAAUGUUGGGAUAUAGGAAUCUAGAAUAAUCUUCAUGACGAUUAUUAUUAUAGAAAAAAAGGUUGAUUUAUUGGAAUAAUAAAAUAUAGCUAAAGUUUUAGAUUAAUAGGGAAGAUAGGAUGAAGUAAUAGAAUGUUGGAAGUAUGGGAUAAAUAAUAAUCUUAAUUAAAUAAUUUAUUAUCAAGAAAUUUGUAAUAUUUAUGAAUUUGAUUUGAAGCAUAAUAUUUAUGGGAAAGUAAUAGAGAGAGUAAAUUAGAAGAAUAAAUGUAAAUUUUGGAUUUGGGAAUAAAAAAUAAUAAUGGCUAUAUAAUUUUUUAUCAUUUUAAAGGUAUAAAUAUUGAGAUGGAAAGUAAAUGCAUUAAAAAAAUAAAAUAAAUACGAUUAAAUAAUAGAGUGUUGGUAGUAAGGGUUUAAUACAAGUAAGGGAGCAUUUUAAGAAGAUUUUAAGUUGGAGUUAUGUUUUUUUUAAUAUUUAAAUAUUAGAUAAAGCAUUAAAAGAGUAGUAGUAAUUAAAGAAAGCAAUAAUGUGUUUACGUUUUCGUAUAAAUUAGAUGAGUUUUUCACUGUUGAAAUAAUUAAAAAUGGAUUAUUGAGGAUAAUGAGUUAAGAAUAUAAAUAAUUAAAUAAAGAGAAUAAUUUUUAUAUUUUUAGAUAUAUUUAUAAAUAAUAAUUAAAAUUAUAUAAAUAGAUGAUAUCUAAAUAAAGACUUGAUAAAUCAUGA